AUGGAUCACAACCACAUGGCCUCGACUACAGGUGCCAUGGCUGCUACUGGCACCAUGACUGGUAUGGCUGCUUCUGCCACUACCAAGGCUGCCAUGUCUGGUAUGGGCGGAGGCUCCUGCAAGAUUUCUAUGCUUUGGAACUGGAACAUCAUCGACAGCUGCUUCAUUGCUAGAUCAUGGCGUAUCACUUCCCACGGAAUGUUCGCCGGCUCAUGUAUCGGCGUUAUCCUUCUCGUCAUGUCCCUCGAAAUGCUCCGCCGUGCUGUCAAGGAAUACGACCGAUACCUGAUCCGCUCCCACAAGGCCCGCUGGGUCGCUGCCGGUGCCGGUGCCCCUAGUUCGGAGAGCGCAGGUGAUCACGGAAAGGCUGGCUCCAGCUCCGCUGUCGCUGCCGCCAACGCCGUUGUCAUCCCCCCUUUCCGACCCAACGUCCUCCAACAGGCUGUUCGCGCGCUUAUUCACAUGUGCCAAUUUGCCGUUGCCUACUUUGUCAUGCUGCUCGCCAUGUACUACAACGGAUACCUCAUCAUCUGCAUCUUCAUCGGUUCUUACAUUGGUUCCUUCAUCUUCCAGUGGGAGACGCUAUACGACGAGGCGACCUCUGCGGCUAGAGAGGCCACUGUCUGCUGCGGUUGA